AUGAAGCUCAUCCUGCUGGUUGUGGCAGUGCUGCUCCUGGAGGUGCGAGAGGGAACUGCAGACAGAAUCCUGUCCAGAAGGACCAAGCGGGAGCUGGCCAGUCCUCUGCAUGUGGGUGGCAUCAGGGACCCGUUCGGCUCCUACUGCGAGAGGCGAGGAGGCUGCUGCCCGGGCAGGGACGACCUGUGCACCGUGCCCUACCUGGACACCAUCUGCUACUGCGACCUCUUCUGCAACCGCACCGUGUCCGACUGCUGCCCCGACUUCUGGGGUCACUGCCUCGGCGUGCAGCCGCCUCACAUCGGCAUCUGUGAGAGGAAUGGAAACAGGUUCUUUACAGGGCAAACAUACAAAGAGAACUGCAAUUUAUGUACGUGCGGGUCGUCUGGGCGCUGGGAGUGCGAGCAGAACGCCUGCCUCAUCGAGUCCGAUAUGAUUAACGCCGUCAACAGAGGAAACUACGGGUGGAGGGCGGCGAACUACAGUCAGUUCCAUGGGAUGACUCUGGAUGAAGGGAUCCGCUACCGGCUGGGGACACAGAGGCCCUCCAGGACCAUCAUGAACAUGAACGAGAUGCAGAUGAACAUGGAUCCUCAGAGUGACCAACUGCCUCACUACUUCAACUCAGCAGAGAAGUGGCCCGGAAAGAUUCACGAGCCUCUGGAUCAGGGCAACUGCGCUGCGUCCUGGGCUUUCUCCACUGCAGCUGUGGCGUCAGACAGAAUCUCCAUCCAGUCGAUGGGUCACAUGACUCCCCAGCUGUCCCCUCAAAACCUCAUCUCCUGUGACACCCGCAACCAGGGGGGCUGCGCCGGCGGCCGCAUCGACGGAGCCUGGUGGUACCUCCGCCGCAGAGGAGUGGUGACGGAGGACUGCUACCCGUACCAGCCGCCGCAGCAGACCCCGGCGGAGGUGGGCCGCUGCAUGAUGCAGAGCCGCUCCAUCGGCCGAGGGAAGAGGCAGGCCACGCAGCGCUGCCCCAACACCCACAACUACCACAACGACAUCUACCAGUCCACGCCGCCCUACAGGCUCUCAUCCAACGAAAAGGAGAUUAUGAAGGAGAUUAUGGAUAAUGGUCCUGUGCAAGCUAUCAUGGAGGUACACGAGGACUUCUUUGUCUAUAAGAGCGGGAUCUACAAACACACCGACGUCAGCUUCACCAAGCCGCCGCAGUACCGCAAGCACGGCACACACUCCGUCAGGAUCACUGGGUGGGGAGAAGACAGAAACUAUGAUGGGACAUCAAGAAAAUACUGGAUUGCUGCCAACUCCUGGGGAAAGAACUGGGGCGAGAACGGCUACUUCCGCAUCGCCCGCGGAGAGAACGAGUGCGAGAUCGAAGCGUUUGUGAUCGGCGUGUGGGGCAGAAUCACCAUGGAGGACAUGCACAACCACCACCACCACCACCACCGCCGUCGGCACAUUUAAAGACUCGGCAGACGCCGACGCCCCACAGAGACCUUCUUGUCGUGUUUCGUAACGCCGAAGAGGCACACACCCAAAGUCUCAGAACUUCGUCACAUCCCUUCGCGCACCAAGUUGGCUGGAACAACCGCAAAACCUACACAAGAUCAUUCUUUAACUUGAACAAGGGGAAUAAUUUUCCCUGUUCUCCACGUUCUUCUUCUUCUUCUUUUUUUUUUUUUUUAACAAAUCCAACCUUGUAAUUCAAUGUUUAUGGCACCAAAAUCCAAACCAAACCUUGCACCUCAGGUACCCAUCACUCCAAAGACCACACAUCCAGGAAUCCUCUGGAUAUCCUCCCAAUCAUGUGCGAGACGGAUUAUAACAGAGAGAGAAGCUCUCUCCUCUUUUUAUUCUCUUCCAUGUCGUCCUUCAGUCGUGACUAAUCUGAAAACCCAGACGGACUCGGUAUAUCGGAGGGGAAAUCUGAGAGGCAGAUUACCAGACUUCAGAGCCUUUUAGAGAGACACGCCCUGGUAAACGGUGUAACGCGAUCACAUAAUAUAGGCCACCUGAGUGACAUUUACCUGCCAGCCAUACCGAGGUGCACUCUGCUCCUUUCCUCUGGCUUUAGAGUGGACGCUCACGAAGACUUCACUGGCUGCAGGGCAGGAGUUUUCUCACACAUUCCAGAAAUCAGGAAAGGUGAUUCUUUUCAGAGUGUAAUAUUACAACAACAAUCAAAGUGUGUUAACAUUAGGAUUUUUGAAGUGAGAGAAAUUGGCAAUAAAUUAAUAUUAUCAAAGUCUUCAUGCAGCAUAUUUGUUCUGGAAUAAAUGUGUGGAUAGAAACUGGCUGUAUAUGAGUGUAAAAUAAACAGUCAAGCCACAUGAUGAACUCUUCUACAAGCAGUGGAGAUUAGAAACAAAAGCCAUGUUCCCGUUCCCGUUCCCGGCCCGUCGUUUAACAUUGUGUUUAGAGGUUGAAGAUAUUUUGAUGCCUUAAUGAAGCAGAGUCGUUUGGACCACAGCAGAGGUUCUCAGUGUGGGACAGACCACCCCUGGAGGGUGCCAGAGAGCUUCAGGGGUUUGGCCGGGGGGGGGACACCCUUUCCCAGCAGGAAAACUCCCCUUUGGUGAAAUUAAAAAAAUCUGUUGGGAGUAUCGUUGAUAUUAUAAAAUACUCCUCGGUGUGAAACUAAGUGUAAUAAAAGUUGCCUCUAAAAAGCCUGUUAAUCUCAGCAGUUCUUAACAAUCAUAUCUCAUAAUGUGAAACUUUCAACCAGCUGAAAGGUGAAGCGUGUGAGAGGGUCUCUGCCUCCCUCACUCUGAGAACCCCUGAGCGUCUUCAUUCACUCUGUCCUGUGUACACUGUUACAAUAUGAGCUAAAGAUGUUAUUUUUGUUGCCAUUUUGAUCUUAAGAUUUUAUUUUACUACUUCUUUUACCGAUGUACUGUAUUUAGUGACUUUACAUAACGACACUCAUCGCCCUGUUGCUUUUCUGCUUCUGUAUAGUUGAGGAUGAGGGAGGGCUCCUGCUGCUAAAGUCCACAAUGUGCUCAGAUAUUUGUCUUUUUUCCGAAUUGGACGCAUAAUAAACCCGUAAAGCCACUUCAGACUAACGCCGAAGCACAAAGUCAAGUCUCACCGGUCGCUGAUGAUCCGUUUGGUUUGUUUAUGUUGUCGUUUUUGUUUGGUUUGACUGCGCUCUGUUGGAAAUUUCACGUUCCCCCCCGGAGCCCUGUGCAGGGCUUCCCUUCAGUUCUCAGUGCUUUCAGGUCUCUUUUUAUGAUUUAGCUUCGCUCGAAGAAGAAAAGCACAACAUAUUAUUAUCAUGUACCUUAAAUCACAUCCUUCCCUGCUCCUGCUUUCACUUCAAAAGGCUUUUUUAUUUCUAUAUCAUCAGGUCUUUGGCUCUUUGAGGUCUUUUCAUGAUUCCCUUCAGGCGAGUGGAUAUGAAAGCUCAGAGAAAUGUUUAUACGGACCCGAAAAUAUGUUGGGAGAGGAUGAAGCUCAGCAGUUGUUGCUUCUCAUCCGAUAUUUUCUUUUGAACUAAAGACACUGUAAAGAUGAAAUAAAUCUAUGGACAUAAGAUGAAUGGGGUUUUUUUGUUUCCAGAAACAAGGAGGGUCUCUGUAUUUCGAUUUGUGCACAAGUUGCAAGAGCUCCCUCACAGAUUUGCUGAAUCGGUUUACAUGUUGCAGGUUUUUCUCGGUGUUUUCUGCCUGCAGCAGGUUACAGUAUGAACUCUUGUGUUUCAGAGUCUCCAGAAAAAAACCAAAAAGCAACAUUUGACCCGAGCACAGAUCAGAGACCGAGACUGUUCAGAGUACAUGUUGUCCUGUGAUGCAUUCAAUUAAUGGCCGUCUGUGUUUAUUGUUAGCUUUAUUUAAAAAAGAAAUGCAAUAAAUUACACUGAGUAUAAAGAAAGUAUCUAUGAAAGAACAUUCUCACGAAGAUGUCCAAGAACAACAUUCUGUCUGUGCCACAUGAAUUAUGGCCAUGUUUGGAUAGAGUUUCCGAUGGGACCAACUGCUCUUUGUAUCACUCAGUAUUAUCUGCAAAUCGCACAUCUCCUGCAUUGAUGAAUUAGCUCACUCUGAACCAAAA